UUGGCCAGCUUUUUUCGAUUCUAGCCCACUGUGCAGUGGGAUCGCGUGGACGGUACGAUUAAAUCAUUCCGGCUCGCGGUGGAUCAUUAAGAGAACAAAAUAAUCGGGACGCGUGGAAAAAGGGUGGCCGUGCAUCACGGGACCGCGAACUGGAGCGGAAGGUAUCGGGACGCUUGCUAGAUUCUUACUUCCUGCGGGUGAAUGUGGGUUAUUGCGGUUUAUAGACACCGGCCCGGCGCUAAUUAAUAAUCCGUUGCUAUUUUUAAGCGGCCGUUGCGACUAAAUGGCAACCGCAAGUUAUUCCGGUUGAAAGAAAAUCAAUAAGGGGGGCGUGAAUGCAGGCGACGUUACGCGUAAAAGCGGCGCGGGCUGAAUAGAGGGUGAACUAAGCUGGAUAGAGGCGUCGAAGCGCGGCGUCCGUUUACUUUCGCCGCUGAAAUAUUAACCGCGCUCCCGAUCGAACUUACUUCAGUAAUGAAAGUUAAAUCCGAAACUAACGCGGUGGUGAGGACGCGCGUCGAUUAAUUCACUGAUUAAUCGCGCACUGCGCUGAAUCAACCCUCCCUUCUGACCUCUCCGCCGAAAAUCCCUUCUCUCAGAACGCCAUACAAAGCGGAGCGACACAUCGAAACGGAGACACGAGAACUUCAUGUUUUACGGAACUUCAUGCAGUUUUAAGUUUGCGGGGGGGUUGUAAAGCUCGUGUCGCCGCUCACGGUUCAACCGUUUCGCGCGUGCAAGUUUACGGGCACCGUUCCCCGGCCUCCCUGCAGCAGGUCUCCAUGUAAGAUCUUGACGCGAGCCAACCUGCGUCUUUUUGUCCAGAAGUAAUGCCUGCCGGCGUACACUCACGGAUGCCGCGGGUAGAACCGGAAUUCGCGGGUAGGACGACACGGUUCGCGGAUGAAGUACAGUGCCGGGCGCGAUAAAUGGGCGCUGACGCGAGAGAGACGUGCCCUUUUACGCGCUCGCGCGCGUUAAAGUGUGUGCGUAUGCGCGUCUGUGUGUCUGCGUGUAUGCAUGAACCGAGCUUUAUUCCCGUCGCGCUUUAAACGACGUUGCAUAGGUCGUCCGCGUCGCCUCGGAAGUCGCUUUUGUUUGCACCUUGACACUCGACCGGUUGUCAACGUCACUAACCAUUUCCGCUCUUUAAGAAAUCGAUACAGGCUAUAAGCACUCCCGCUGUAAGUCUUUACAUUUACCGCCAUAUAAGUCGUAAUUCAUACUAUGGCGAGUCAGUCGCCCACUCGCGAUGCUAUCGGAUGGACUUGAACUCGCCGUGACUCGCGUGGCUCCGCAAGUUUCGUUACCCUUGGAUAACAGCGAUUGCAACAAUAGGAAUGGGGUAAUCAUCAGUUGCGUGAAGGAGUUCAGAGGACACAGCCCUCCGAUCGAACCUCGCCGGGUCAUCAGACAUUUUUUUGAGCUUUUGAGGCGGACGUUCGCAGCGAAUGAUCGCAAUGGACUCGUGGUUUUAACCACUUCAUCGACGUUCGAAGUAUUGCAGAUUACGAGACGAGAGUAUCACCUACACACGGCGCAUGGAGCCAUAUAAGAACGCUGCGUUAACGAGGGACGACAAUGCUCGACUUCCGCAAGCGUAUCCGAGAAGUGUACGAUGUCAUCAUUAGUAGAAAUUUGAUUUGUGACAAUGACGUGUCAACGGAACUUGGAGGAAGGUCGUGGCUGUAUCUGUUCUGCGCGCGAUGUCAUGGUCGCGACGACACGCCAUCGUGGGAGCCGCCGGGAUGGAGGAGAGCGUGUCCGCAGCCAUUCUGUCCCACAUACAGGAAAUUCGCCCGGGUUCUCUGUCUGUUCCUUUUGGGUCUGCUACUCUGGGGUGUCGUCUACUCGGUAAUAGGCGACGACGCGGCCCCAGGUGGCCAGCUGUUCGGAUUGGCCGCCCUCUGCAUCGCCGCGCACUUCGGGGGUUGGCUGAUCUCUUUGACUACCCUCCCGGCCUUGAUCGGUAUGCUGAUCACCGGGCUGAUACUGCAGAAUAUCGGACUCGUCUCGAUCGAAGGGCAGUACACCGUCGUAGUCGCCAAUCUACGGAAAAUUGCCCUGGUUAUCAUACUCACUAGAGCGGGCUUGGAUCUCGAUCCCACCGCUCUGAAGCGAUUAAAAGUCACCGUGCCGAAGCUCGGCUUGAUACCGUGGGUAGUGGAAGCCACGGUGAUAGCGGUAACGACGAAGUAUCUCCUGGAUUUGCCAUGGGUAUGGGGUUUCCUCCUCGGAAGCAUCAUAGCAGCCGUCUCGCCAGCCGUCGUGGUGCCCUGCCUCUUCAGAUUACGUGCCAAAGGUUACGGAGUCGCCAAGGGGAUUCCGACGCUGAUCAUUGCAGUGGCCGGGAUCGACGACGCGGCAUCGGUGGCGAUCUAUGGGAUCAUCAAGAGCGUCAUGUUUUCCCACGACGCCCUGUGGUACCAGAUCCUACAGGGCCCCAUCGCCAUCGUCGGCGGCCUCGGAUUCGGCAUCAUGUGGGGCUGGCUGGCGAAAUAUGUGCCGGAAAAGGGCGACCCCUUCAUAGUGCCUCUCCGAGUGCUGAUGCUGCUCGGGGGUGGGCUGCUGGCGGUUUUCGGCAGCGAGGCGAUCGAGCUCGGUGGUGCCGGACCGCUGGCGGUCGUGGCUGCAGCCUUCGUCAGCUGUUACUUUUGGCAACAGGAAGGCUGGGAAGUGGACGACAAUCCGGUGGCCACGUCGUUCGAGAUCUUCUGGAUGAUAUUCGAGCCGAUCCUCUUCGGCGUCACCGGCACGCAGAUCAGGAUCAACGAGCUCGAAGGGAAGACGGUCUACCUUGGUCUGGGUUGUCUGCUCGCCGGCAUCGUCAUCCGUAUCAGCGCGACUGUUUUGGUCAGCAUCGGCUCCAAGCUCAAUCUCAAGGAGAAGGUCUUCAUCGCGCUCUCGUGGAUGUCAAAGGCGACCGUGCAGGCGGCGUUAGGUCCGGUGACUCUAGACGAGGUCGACAAGAACGACGAGAAGCAGCUCGAGUACGCGCAGACGGUGCUGAUGAUGUGCGUGCUGUCGGUGCUGCUGACCGCACCUUCCGGUGCCAUCGUGAUCUCGCUCUCAGGACCGAAGCUACUGACGAAGACUACCGCGCCUGUGGGACCGCCGGAAGUCUGGAAGACGCGCCGGCCCUCGAUCCGCGACAUCUCGAUCAUCAACGAGGACCCGGACCUCGAGGAGACCGCGAACGACCGGAAACCCUGACAGUCGCGUUUAAUUCGGGUUCUAAGCCAAACAGAUGAGAGCCCGCCGCCGUUCCCCGGCAUCCAGUGACGCUUCAAAGUGCCUUGAGGAGCUAACUGCUCAAGACGUGAUGGAUUUAAUGGCCACGAAUGUGUAUUCACAUGGACGCUGAUGAUCAAACGCCGAGAAGACGCUGAGAAGAUGGCUGAUUGAUCAAGAGGAUUGAUGUUACAUACUUCAUUGAUGAUUGACAGUUAUAUACUUUCAUCGGUGUGAUCAUUGGUAGCUGACUGAUGUUUGUGAAUGAAGAUGAAAUAAUUAUGGUGAUAUUGCAGUGGUAGCAUGAUUGGAACUUUUACCUUAAGUUGUACGCGAGAAAAGACUAUAUCUAAUUGUUUGCACGAGAACGUCUGUCUGUUUCGUAGCCGGAAACGCGGGUUUAUAAGCGAUGAUUCCUAGGCAUGAAAUAAGGAUCGAGGAGUGGCGUGUUCCGCGCAGCGCGCGAUGAUAUUGGAAUACAAAAAUGUGGUUGCAUACAUUUUUUGAUCCGGAUUCCGAUGCUUUUUACGAUCCUGGAACUCGAACUCUGGAAAUAUUCAAAAAUAUAAGGAACCUAGUGUUUGCGGAUUUAUAAGUUUACACAUUAUAAAUUCUGACAUUGAAUCCUGUGAUUUAAAAAUGCAUCUUUUCUAACAUCUGCUGUGAGAGAGCCUUGAUCGAUUUGUUGAUAAUAUUUAGGUAUAUUUUUCCUUUUAUCUUCACUUUGUUUUAUGUGCACAAAUAUGAAUAAGCCGCUGCAAACAUCUUUUAUUAUACAUGUACAUACAUAGUUUAAAUAGAUUUGUUAUUGGUACUGAUUUCCUCGUAUCUUUAAGCAAAAAGACCAGAUUGCGUUACAGAAGAAGCAACCACGUUUUAAUAAGCAACUUGCCGAUUAACUCACCCAACUUAGCCCUUGUCGAAGAAAAUAACCCGUUGGGCGAUAGGUUGCCAUGUGACACGUAAAGACAUUUUUGUAACAAGUACAAAAAACGCUAUUGCGUAUGCGUUGGUUUGCUAUUAAUAUAUUAUAAUAUUACUCACCGGUAUUAAGCGUGCGUCAAUUUGAUGAGAAUUGUGUUCGAUGAAUGAUUGAUGAACGGUGAUUGCGUUAUUAUAAAGUUUAAGUGAGACGUUUAUUUCGAGGAGGUGUAAAUGCGAGGCAAAACGUCUGAUAUUAGAGUUAGAUGGAUAUGUAAAAUAGUGCCACCUAAUAUUUUAACUCUUCUCUUGAAUAUUUUAACUCUUCUCUUCUCCAUCUUCGGUGGAAGAACCAGCCAGACUCGAAUUUUAAUUUUAGGAUGACGUAGAAGUUCAUUCUCAACGAUUCCGGAAACGAUAGUGUAAAUGAAUGGAUUAUGCUGCGAACAGAUACAUCGUUGGGAAACUGUUAAUUUCAUUGUUAGAAUUUAUUUGACUAUAUAUUAAAAAUAAAAGCAAUUUUUGCUACCUGUGGAGUUGCCAAUAUUUAUUCAGCUCCUAUCGAUUGUUGAGAAAUUGAUAUUGCAGUGUCACAUAUGCGACGAAUAAAAUCCGAUAAAUUUAUAAUGAUAAUAUUUUUAAAAUAAUACGCGAAA